AUGUGGGGGGACAAUAUGCGCGAACUUGGUGGGACCAUGGACAGUGAAUUGAAUGCAGUAAGGCCGGUGGUCGAGGAGGAUGGUGUGGAUGAUGGGAGGAGAAUAAUAAUUAAGGGUAAAGGCUGCCAAAAGCCCUCUAAUGAGCAUAUGUUGAUUUCGCCUGGUAGAGACGGCUCAGUGCCAUUAAAUGGGUUGAAAUCUUCGCCGGCAGAUCCACAUCUGUCGGACGUGAAUUCCAUUUUGGAAAACCAUCGCGGUGGUGACGAGACAGCGUUGACGUCUGUAAAUAAUAUCAUCAUGGCGACGUCGGCGAAUAGUGACAGCGAUGGUGCUAACAGUGAUACCAAGAGGCCGUCUAUCUCAAACUCUUCUUCGAGGUCGUCAUUUUUGGACACUGUUUUGAGCACGUUCUCCUUAAAGUCAAAUUCACAGGAUACAGUUACGAAUGAAGCAAAAGAUAUAGACGUUCUGUUUGCACCUGAGAUGGCCAAUGAAAAGUUCCGUCAAAUGUUUAAAUCGCUUCCUUCGAAAACAAAGCUCAUUGCAGACUACUUCUGCUAUUUCCACAGAGAAUUCCCCUAUCAGGGCAGGAUUUACCUUUCCAAUACACAUUUAUGCUUCAAUUCGACCGUAUUGAAUUGGAUGGCAAAGUUACAAAUUCCCCUGAGUGAAAUCAAGUAUUUGGACAAGGUAGCCACAAACUCAGGCGCUAUUUCAGUUGAGACUCUGACGAACAAGUACACCUUUUCUGGCUUCAUGUCUCGAGAUAAGGUUUUCCAAUUGAUCACGCGGAUUUGGUCGAAGGAAAACUUGACGAACAUCAAUGACGUUAUGGAGGUGGAUGAGAGGAUCUCCAAGACAAAGGGCAUGUCGCCGGCCCCUUCCUCCAUAUUCAAUAAUGUUUCCACAAAUGCAUACAACGAUUUCAUAUCGACAACGACGACUGAACCAACAAGUAGAGCGUCAUAUAUGAGUGAGAAUGACAUGCUCAUCGAAGAAGCCAUAAGGUCCGUGGAUGACUAUAUGGGUACCCCGAGAGCAUCACCGUCUCCUUCAUCGACGUCGUUGUCGUCUUCGUUGUCGUCGUCAUCGUUAGGUUCUUCAACGACCUAUUAUUGCAGACCCGUAUAUAGGUUGAAGCCAAAUGCGCCGUUUCGAUACGAUGGGCCCUCCCAUGUAAAGGAAACAAUGGAUUUCCCUUAUAAACCUGAGGCAAACAAUGAAUAUGUACUAGCGGAGCGUCACUUCAAUGUUCCACCGGGCCUACUUUUCAUCAUGAUGUUCAAUGAGGAUAACCCUGUUUUCGAAUUGAGCUUCUUGAAAGGCCAAGAUUCAUCGAACGUCUCACACGUCGGAACGUUUGAGAAGGUCAAUAAGGAUGGACAGCACUACAGAGAAUUUCAGUACACCAAACAAUUGCACUUCCCCGUCGGGCCCAAGUCCACGAACUGCCAAGUGAUGGAGAUUCUUUUACAUUGCGACUGGGAAAGGUACAUAAACGUCCUGAGUAUAACAAGGACCCCGAAUGUUCCCAGCGGUACCAGCUUCAGCACCAGAACGAGAUAUAUGUUUCGGUGGGACGAUCAGGGACAAGGUUGCAUAUUGAAGAUAAGUUUUUGGGUGGACUGGAAUGCAUCCAGUUGGAUUAAACCGAUGGUAGAGAGCAAUUGUAAAAACGGGCAGAUCACCGCUACUAAGGAUCUGGUAAAGUUGAUUGAUGACUUCGUGGACAAGCAUGUGGAGUUGAGUAAAGAAAGGGCGGAUGCCCUCAAGGCAUUGCCGAGUGUCGCAUCCUUUGGAUCACCUAGAAAAGUGGUGGCAGCCGAGCUGGCGGUGACGCAGCCGGAGACAAAACCUGAAGCUGAGGUGGAGGUCUCGCAAACGGGCGGCAACAGGUGGAGGUUCAACUGGGUGAACAUAGUGAUACUAGUGCUAUUAACACUGAACCUACUGUACCUGAUGAAGUUGAACAAGAAGAUGGAUAGGGUGACGACACUGAUUACCCAUAGGGAUGAAGUAGUGGCGCAUGCGACGCUGCUGGAUAUACCCGCCAAGGUGCAGUGGUCAAGGCCAAGAAACGAGGCGGGGGUGCUGUAA